AUGGACCCCCCUGUAUAUGCGCUAUGCGCCGCAGCCAGAGCAGCAGUGCUGCCACCGCUCUACCAUACCAUCUACCCUUCCGCUUUACAUACACAAAGGACUUCAUUCCGAAAGGGCUGCUUGAGCAGCGCUUGCAAGCAACACUCGCCCGCCGCUGUGUGGUAUGCUGGUUGCGUUGCACCUGACGCAUGCCGCGCGAAGGGAGCGAUAAAGCCCACCUUAGCGGAAGGGAAAGGGUGCGCGCGACGCACUUGCGACGGCCCUACGGUCGGGUGGACGCCGCGGCGCCCAAGCGAUGUUGCCGGUGUGCGUUGGAUUGGUAUCAGAAGUGGGAUCGAUUCGGCGCGCAGGUCCGCGUGUAUAAAUGCCUCGACUCCAACUAUGUAG